UAAGUGGAACUCCUGCGCGGGUAUUACGUUUUUGUGGUUAUGCAUUUAAUCUCCCAAACGUCAUAUUGUACACAACACACUGGUUCGGUUAUUUGUUUUAUGACGCUGUUAUAGAUUUUUAUUUAUCUUAUGUCCAAAUACCUCACUGUACCAGAUUUGCCAGUUAUUUUGAAUCGAAUUGAAAAUGUUCAGAAUAAAUAAUGCCAAGCCUUUAUUUGAUAACUCUUUCACUAACCUGACUAGAAUAAAUGAGGUAAAGCAUCUCGAAUUGAAUUGAAAAAAUAGCGAGCUUUAGAUUUUAUGUAAGGUUGUGUUUGUGUGAAUAAUCAGAGUUGUUUUUUUGCUUAUAAUUCGUUUGACUAAUUUUGUGGUAGUUAUAAAUUUCUGUAAUAUUUCCCAUAAUCUUUUAAAAAUAAGAUCAUUAUUAUUUUAGUUAUGUGUUGAUGGAAGGUUAUUAUUGUUCCAGCUAUGAUCUCUCUUAAUAUGCAAUAAUUAAGCUUAUUCAAUUACACCUUUCCAUGUCAUUUUUCAAUAAUCAUGCAUGCCAUUUAAUUAUUUUGAAAUAUGUCUUAUCAAGGCAAAGGUGAAUGAAUAUUAUGCAUUGUGCCAGGAAUAUUUUCUGUUUUGAGUCUAUAGCAAGCUUAUCAAUCAACUGAUAUUUGAACAUAUUUCUAGGAUAUACCUGUCUUAAUGAGUAAAAGUAAAUGCGUACUUGUAUAUAAUUUGUUCAUGUAUUCAAUCAAGUAUCAAGUGUUAUUCCAUAUCUGUAUUAAUAAAUGUCAUGUUUUCUAAUCUUAGCCGAUUUUAGAUUCUUUUACUAGUUUGGUUGCCAAAAUGGGUAUAUUUAGCAAGGUAUCUAUCUACAGUUUUCUUUUACAUCGAGAAAUUAAAUUAAACAUGCAUGUAUAAUUUACAACAAUAGAUUUCUUCAAUUUGAUUAGUGUUACUGUAAUGUUUUUGAUCAAACAUGAGUCAACAGAAUAAACAUUGGUUAUAUUUUCUGUAUGCAUUUGAAUUACUUUCAUUUCCUUUUUUUUCAAAUUAUUGAAGUUGAUGAUGCAAUAGUUGAAAAACAAAUAUUGACUUUCAAAUAUAGUUAGUUUUAAAAUAUUUUGUUGAAAACAUCUACUUCAUACAUAUAGUUAAAAUCAUUUUCACCAUAGUUUAAUUAAUCACAAAUUUAUCAAAGAAUCAUAUAAUUUUAAAUUUUUGAUCAUAUGGGGGCAUGCACUGCAUACAGCUUUUAUCAUAAUAUUUUAGGCAAUUUUUAAAGAUAAGUGUAUAAUAAUUAUUCAUGCCAUUUCAUUUGUUAUCAUUGCACAUUGACCUAAUGGUGUUGUUUAUUUGUUGGCAGAAUAAUUUUUGAGUCUUCAGAUAUGUGAUAUACAUAAAUUGUGCAAUCUACUGCCUAUAUAAUUCUUCAUGUCAUGCCAAUAAUCGAAUAUUUUUAAAUAUUGAUAAUUGUGAAUGUAAUUAGCAGAACUAUAAUUUAGUUGUUUAGUUGAAUAUACUGAAUAUUUGAAAUAAUGAGAUAUAUAAAAUAAUAUUUUGGUAUGUAUAAGGUAUGAGAAAUAUGAUUCUAAAGGGUUUCGGUUCCAGUUAUUAAGGCAACAUUAAAGCCAGUGUAUAUGUGUUUUACUGAGCAAUCAAUUGAAACAAUGAAUGGCCUAUAUUAUAACCCAUCUAUUUUUUGUGUGUGAUGGUCCUUUCUAUUUCUGCUUUAUUAUCAAUGAAGUAUUUGUGGAAUAUGACCUUUAAUAAAAUGAUUAUUUAUGCAUUUUGCGACAGUGUUUCUCAACCAUGCUAUAGUACGUACUUAGCCAUCAUGCAUUGUUCAUGCCAUUUUAUAAUUAGCUACUACGAUAUUGAUUUUUAAACAAUAAUCUUGCAUUGAAAUAGGUGAUGUAAGUAAUGUAAUUAGGCUGGCAAUCUACAAAUAUGGUUUUAUUUACUGUCGUAUUGUUUCAAAAUUUCAUAUCUAGUAUUACUGAGUGAGACACAUUCUCCUGUCUUAGCAUGGCUCAUCAAAGAUUGUGUUUUAAUGCAGCAGCAAUAAACAUGACCAUCACUAGUAGGGCUGUUCAAAAUCGAAUGAUUUUUUGAUUCGAAUCGAAUAUUUUUGCGAGAGUGGUCUAAGCUCGGAGCGCCGCCGCUUGACCAAUGAAAAACAUCCCGUAAAGGUGGUUCGAAAAUUAGCCGAAAAACGAUUUGAAUAAUUUGCGAUUCGAUUCGAUUUCAAAUAUUUGGUUCGCUUGGACAGCCCUAAUCACUAGUCUCCACUAUCCUUAAGAUUACCGUAAUUCAAUUUGUGAUAAAUUUUUUUAUUUUUGUGCCAUUAAUCUUACUUUAUAAAAAUACUAGUUUUAUUAGUUUAGUUUAACAGCAUUUGUCAUCUGAUUUUUUAUCCCACAAAUCUCAUGGAUUGAUUUAAUUUUUCGUUUUAUAUAUUGUUUGUGUGGUUUAACAGCACUUGUUCUGAUUUUUUUCUACAAGCUCAAGGAUUAAUUUCGUUCUUCCAUUUUGAAUAUUGUGAUUCUGAAAAUCAUUUUAUUUUGUCAUAAUUCAGUGUAAAUAUAGUAAUAUGUUUGAAUGACGAUGGAUGCUAAGGACAAGUGGUUUCAUGGUAAUAUAUCUAGAGAGGAGGCUGAAGAUCUUGUCAGAAAAGCUAAAGUGAAUGGUAGCUUUGUGGUUCGUUCGAGUAGAAGUGUAAAAGGAGCAUAUGCCAUAAGUUUAUUGCAUUGUGGAAAUGUUCAUACUUACCGUAUUCUUGCAACACCUGAAGGCAAGUUUGCUGUACAAACAAGCAGUGGAGUUCAAAAUAGAAAGUUUUUGUCUGUAGAUGACUUGGUAGAAGAAUACAGAGCGCCUAAGAAUGGUUUGGUCUGUGCAUUAACAAAUCCUGUUGGAAGAAUCAGCGCUGUUCCAGCACUGCCAGAGAGAAAUGUGGUUCCUACAGCUCCGAAAAAUGUCUUGCCUUCGUACUUUGUGGUAGAAUCAACUCCAGAAGUGGUUGAAGAGUCGAUACGCAAUUGUGUCAUUUGCAUGGAUAGUGUAGUAAACACUUUUUUUCAACCUUGUGGUCAUGUUUGCUGCUGUAUGGAUUGUUCAGCGGGUAUUCGACAAUGUCCACUCUGCCGAAUAAGGAUUACAAAGUUCCAGAAAGCGUAUUUAUCAUAACAUAGACAAUGCUACUUUAACAUAUCCGAGUGCUUUUUAUUCAUUCUUUUAUUUCUUCAUUUGUAUUGGAUGGUAUUCUACUGUACUGCUAUUAGGCGAGCUUCUUUAAAUAUGCUCUAGAUAAGCGGUUCUCAACCCUGUUUACUUUAAGGACCAAGUAAACAACCAUUAACCUGAUGACAUAUAUAAGAAAUACGACACUGUGUAUUUACAAAAGCUAUCUAGCAUAUUCACCUAUGAUGAUUUAGUUACAAUGAAUGGUCAGUGACCUAGGAAGAUUCUCACAGGUUCUGGUCGAAGUUCUAAGAGUUGAGAACCAUUUCUAUAGCUAGAAUAUGUAUAUUCCAUAUCUGGAUUGUCCAUUCUUUAAUAUGGUACAUUUAUGUUUUUAUUUCUGUGCGCGUUUUUAAUUGGUAUAUCAUGUAUUUAAUUUGAUCAUAAGAGCUACUUCCGAAGCUUUUGAUUAAUCAUAUUCAAAAGUAAUAAACUUUCAUAUUCAUUCUUUUUUUGUUUGCGCAUUGGUCGUUUUACCAUCAACAGGAAUGAUGGUGCUAUUUUUGACUUUGCAAGUAAAUCAUCUUAGGGCUAAUAUUAUUCCCCAUGUUCAAUAAACGUUGUGAAAGCAAAUUUCACAUCCCUGCGUUCUGUUUACUGUUUUCAUGUUCUUAAUUACUGCUGGUUACUGUUUCAUAUAUUCUUAUAAUAGGUUGUGUGACUUGAAACCUGGUACACUUAAUACUCAUGCAUGGUAUUCUGUGCAUUAAUAUCGCAUUUGAUUAUUAUAUCUUUAAUUGCUUCAAUUGUAUUUUUUUCCCAAAAAUUUGUUCCAUGUAAUUAUAGCAAUGUGCAAUUUCAAUACAAUUAUUUCAUAUGCGUUAUAAUUAAAUUUUGUCUAUGCAAAA